AUGGCAAAAUUUAUUUUGAAAUCAACCUCGAAACUUCGAAUAACAUGGGACACGAUCGUCCUUAUCUUCCUCGCCAUCGACUUGUUCCUCCUCCCCCUCGACGCGGCAAUGGGCGACCAAGUCCGUCAAAUCUACAGCGCUCGAUUUUACAUCGACAUUUUGUUCCUCCUCGAUUUGGCGUUGAACUUCAGAACAAGCGACAAAAGCGACAGGACCAAGAUCAUCCGCGAGGAUUAUUUCAAAGGCUGGUUUGUGAUUGAUUUCUUGUCUUCCUUCCCCUUCGAGUUUCUUUUCUACAGACAUCACUCAAGUUUGGAAUGGAUCGGAAAAAUUCUACGAUUGCUUCGGCUGACUCGACUGUUUCGCUACAUGAAGAACAUCCGGGCAAAAAUCCGCUUCGAAUACAGCGUCACCGAAAUUUUCUUCAAAAUGCUUACCCUUGCCGGUCUCAUUCUUAUUUGGGGCCACUACGGCGCUUGUCUCCUCAUCUUCACUGCAAAAAAAUCAACCAGCGAUGGUCAUCGUCCAGAAAACGCAAUUUUCACUCCAUCGGAAAACAUGAAUUUCAACUGGUACUACGCCAAUGAUUUGCACGAAGCAACAAAAACUUUCGGUGAAAUCUACAUAACUGCUCUUUUCAAAUCGAUGUCCUGCACUCUCACCAUCGGAUACGGCCUCUACACCCCCGUCAACGAAAGCGACGUGGUUGUAACGAUGGUCGUCAUCUUUUUCGGAGCGAUUAUUUUCGCCCUGAUUGUGUCGCAGCUCAUCGCGAUGAUGGAUCAAAUCAAUGUUGGAUCGCUCAAAUUCAAGCGGCAUUUGCAAGAAGUUGGUGAUUACCUCCGAUUCAACCGAAUCCCCAAGCCAUUGAGACAAUCUGUCCGAGAAUUCUACGAUGUCCACUAUAAAAAGCGAAUCUUCGACGAAGCAUCGAUCCUCAAAGAACUGAAUCCACUGCUCUCCGAAGAGGUCCGAAACUGUGGCAGAAUCGACAGCGGUAAGUCCAAGAAAAUCAGCGCUUUUUUGCGCAAAAAUCCGGCUGUUAUCGUGAAAAGGUUUUUUUCCUUGAUCAAAAGACCAUGA